UGACUCGGUAAUUGUUCAGGUGAACCCACACCUAAGACUUGUUGACUACCUAUUAAGUUCCACUCCAACUGCAACGGCAAUUAGCCAUUCGUUGUGAUUCUCCAAUUCUCCUGUUCCAGGUUCUACUAUGGAUUCUGGGUUCUGGGUUCCCUUGAUCUCUUCAAAUUUCUGAUUAUCUAGCCUCUUCGAAUCUCCGGAAUUUCUCAGAAUCCUCCACGCUGGCUCUCAAGUCCAUUUCUCUGGCAAAUUUUUGUCGGUGGGGAGUUAAGCAAGGUUCAUCUCUGAAUUCUAGGUAUUGGGUUCUCCUUGAUCCCUUCAAAAUUUUUAUUCUUUGGCUUCUUCGAAUCAGCACUGGAUUUCUCUGAAGCCUCCAGGUUCGUUCUCUCUUCCAUUUCAGUGACGAUUUUUAAUUCCUGGACAAGAGUAUUUCUUGGAUCGCUAGCAAAUUUUUGUCGACUGGGUGAUACAUGAGGUGAUCAGAGAACCAUAUUAUGCAAUGUCAAUUGCCCAGGUUGAAAGUAUGGCAUCAUUGAGCAGUGAUCUAUUCUAUGACAUAUUGAGACGUCUCGAUGGCACAACGUUGGCAAAUGCAGCAUGCUCUUGUGCCGCAUUCUGUUCCAUUUCAAAAGAAGAGAGUUUAUGGAAAAAUGCAUGCCAUUCUUUAUGGCCCUCAACCAAUCGGGAAGACGUUAAGAGUUUGAUCUCAUCAGUUGGUGGGUUCAGAAAAUUCUAUGCAGACUGUUACCCACUAAUUGUGAACAAGGAUGUCCCUGGGGUUGAGUUUGAUUUCUUUUCUCAAUACCCUGAAGAAUGGUUUGAUGCUGAGUAUUAUGGUGAAAUUGAUGAAUUUGAAAGUAUAUCACCCUCAGAUUUCAUCUCUAUUGUGGAUGUCAGAUAUAAAGACAAAGUGAUUUAUUCAAAGGUUCUCUGGGGUAUUCCUGAUUCAGAUGGCUUCAAUGGUUGGUUUUACAACUGCCCAUUCCGUAUUGAUCUUCUUAACUUAUCGGAUAAUGAUGGCCUUCAUGAAGAUGAAGUUAGGCUCUCAAUUGAGGAUGGUCUGCCACCAAUUUUAUCCAUUGAGAAGGAGAGGAAAGAUGGGAAGCUUUGGAGAGAGCUCUGUGAUGGAAUCCAGCUUAGUUGGAUCAUUGUGAACAAAAAGGAAAAGCAGGCUGCUAAUGUCUCGAGCUGGAGCCCCCUUGGAGGCCAAAGGCAUUGGCCGACAGAUAAGGAUUGCUUGAUAAGAUUUGGAUCCAUUCUUCCAUCCAAAGACAUCCUUCCAUGUCAAGUGGUUGAAUGCAUUCUAGUUAUGAAGUUUAGAGUGAUUCAUACUGAGGAAGAGGGUAGUCAGACUACCCUCAAGCUAACAGAGCUAAGUAUGCAGUUGAAAGACAUGGGAGGCUCUCACAUUGAUGGAAGGAACAGUUUGCUUGUACUUAGAGAAGCACUGAAAUCUCGUCGGAGCAAAAAUUACAGUGAAGCUUUAGAAUCCUGUCAUCUGUACUCAAAAGCUCAAAGUGAGUUAAAGGAGGAGAAAAUGAGAAAUGAAAGCCGUUUAGACAGGCUCUGUCUCAUAAGUGGUAUUGCUGCAUUCAUCACAUUCUGUUACUGUAUCUUAUGAAAAACAAUAUCCUCAUUACCAUCUUGGUUAUUGGACUUCUAUUUAGAGCGGUGAUAAAGCCUCAGUUUGUAGAAAUUUGAUCCCAGGUUUGAUUAAAUAUAUUGUGAUAUCUUUUACUGUAGGAUGCCUAUAAAUUUCAUCUAAGGGAAUCAAGUUUGUUCCAAUGAAAUGUUAGUCCAUUUUGCGAA